UGAAAGCAAGGUAGGCUGCUGGAUUCUCAGCUGGUUCGAAGUUGGCCAGUAUGCAAUGAUGGCGUUACAUGUCAACAAUAGAGAUGCUUAUUAUCAGAGUGCCGAUUAUUACAGAAAUUCGCAGCCUUUGAACUAUGGGGAUACCAGCUAUUAUUUUUCCCGAUUACCAGGACCAGAGUCUAUGCUGAAGCCUUCACUGAGCCUAUUUGGCCAGCAGCAGCCACUGUUCCAGCCAAUGCCUCCUACACAUACCCUUGGACCCCCUCCACAGACCCUCGGACCCCCUCCACCAGUAGUAGUGACCCCGGAUCCACACCGUUUCCCCCUCUCCUGUCCUCUGUCUGCCAAACCUCCCACUCACCUCCAGCUGGUGCAGGGGCCCCCCUGCCCUGUCCCACCUCCCACUGCCCAGGCGACCCUCAACAGCAGGCCCCAGGAGAAAGAUGCUCAGAUUGGGGCCACAGACCAGGACGCUACCUUGGAGGAGCUGUGUAAGCCUCUGUACUGCAAACUGUGCAACGUCACCCUCAACUCUGCUCAGCAGGCACAGGCCCACUACCAGGGAAAGAACCACAGUAAGAAGCUGAGAAAUUUCUAUGCAGGCAGCCAGCAGCCACCUGCCAUCAGGAUUCCAGAGGUAAUAGAGCCACUUUCCCAGCAGCUCCUCAUGACUCCACCAACUGUCAGUGCAACUCCCAAACAGCCGGUGUCAUUCAUGGGUGCCAGCAGGGUGAUCUUAGCCACGGAGAACGACUACUGCAAGCUGUGUGAUGCCUCGUUCAGCUCCCCUGCCGUGGCUCAGGCACACUACCAGGGCAAGAACCAUGCCAAGAGACUGCGGCUGGCUGAGGCCCAGCAAAGCAGUAGCAUCCUAGAUUCGACUGAAUGUGUCCAGAGGCGUCCGAGGAAAGAGGGGAGCGAGUACAGGGUUAUCAAGAACCGUAGGACCCCACAGGUGCCUAUUGCCGUGCCAGGCCCCUACUACAACCCCCGGCCCAGGCAGAGGAUCCCCAGGGACCUGGCCAUGUGUGUGACGCCCAGCGGCCAGUUCUACUGCUCCAUGUGCAAUUCUGGGGCCAGCGAGGAGGCCGACUUCCGCCUUCACCUGGAGAGCAAACAGCACAAGAGCAAGGUGUCGGAGCAGCGCUACCGCAGCGAGAUGGAGAAUCUGGGCUACACUUAGGAGGGCAGU